CCUAUGCGCAUGCGCAGUAGCGACCAUAGGAUAAAUAACACGAGAAGCAAAUAGUACGCGACUCCGCCCUUCCUCCCCCCCAAUACCCUGGCUAGCAGGGCCACACUUGUUGACAUUUGAGGGAUUUCACAUCUUCCAUCACACACAGUACGUUUACAAAGGAAAGGUGAGACUCCACCACCAUGGCACUGUCGGCCGAGUUUGUCAAUCUGGUGGAACAGGAGAUUCCUGAGGGGCGACAGUCCCUCUCAGAUUCUCAUGCCAACUUGGAGAAGGUGGCCGCUUACUGCAUUGAAAACUUUGCCAGGGCUGAAAACAAGGGUGGAGCACUGGAGGAAACAAAGAACUACACUACACAAAGCCUGGCCAGCGUUGCAUAUCAGAUCAACACCCUCGCCUACAACUUCCUGCAGAUGGUAGAGCAGCAGGCCAACCAGCUGGCUGAGAUGGAGAGCCAGGUCAACUACAUAUCACAGAUGGUGAUGGUUCACAAAGAGAAGGUGGCUCGCCGUGAAAUAGGUGUCCUCACCACAAACAAGACAACAGCUCGCCAGUACAAAAUAGUGGCCCCCAACAAUACUGAAAAGCCCAUUAAGUAUGUCCGCAAACCCAUUGACUUUACUGCCCUAGAUGACAUUGGCCAUGGCUUGCGUUCCUCAUCUGCUUCCACACCUCGUUCUCGCCGGUCUGCCAGCAGUGUAGGUGUGCCUCCCCCGCCUGCCCACCAGCAGCCCCCCACCUCAGCAGGCCCCGCCCCCACCACCAAGCCUCCCACACCACCACAGGCUAACCGCUCAGUCUCCUCCCUCUCCCGUGGUUCCAGGGAAUACCGCACCCCGCCUGCUGUUGCUCCGCCUCAGGUACCAAGCAACUACGCACCAAACUAUCCCAUUGGUCACCCACGCCGUGGUGAACGAUCAAGUGGCUACAGCACCCUUCCCCACCAGUCAGCAGCCCAUGUGGCUCCUAUGGCUCACAAUGGUGCAGGAGGAGGAGGAGGAGUGGGAGGAGGGGGCAUGGUAGCACCCCCACCCCAAGUGGGUAUGGUUCACCCAAUGGGCCAUGCUCCAGGAGUGACUCAAGGAGGCUCAUAUGGUCCACCUCCACCACCACCACACAUGCAGGAACCUCCCCAGUAUGCAGCACACCAGAUCAACAUGCCACGAUACCCCACAGUCAUCAGGCCUGCCAUGACUCUGCCCAAGAAUCUCACCAACAAGGCUCUUGCCAACAAGGUGUCAGAGCCAGCCUUAGCGCCUCCAUCACCUGCAUCCUCUGGGCCCGUGAGUGAGCCAGAUUACACCAGCCGGUCCUCAGGGGCCUCUAGUCCUCCCUUGCCUCCACCGCCACCCUCGGAAGUGGAAGCCCCACCUCCUGUGCCCCCUCACUUUAUGGAGAAAGUGGUGGAUGAGGGACCUCGCUGCUUGGGGCCACAACCACCUGCUGUUCCACCUCAUUAUAUUGAGAAAGUUAUUGCUGUUUAUGACUAUACAGCAGACAAGGAUGAUGAGCUCACCUUUAGUGAAAAUGCUGUUAUUUAUGUCCUGAAGAAGAAUGAUGAUGGCUGGUGGGAAGGAGUCAUGGAUGGAAUGACAGGGCUGUUCCCAGGAAACUAUGUUGAACCCCUUAUGUAAUUCUCUCUCUCUCUCUCUCUCUCUCUCUCUCUCUCUCUCUCUCUCUCUCUCUCUCUCUCUCUCUCCCCCCAUAUAUCAUAGUCUUCAGUAUCUCCUAUUUAGGAAGUAAGGUGCAUGUAUCAUUACCUUUCAUAAAUUGUGCAAAAUAUGUAAAGUUAGUAAUUUAAGUUAGGUGAUCAAUACACAGAGCCCCAAUAAUUUUAUCCUGUGUCACCUUGCAUUCUUCCCAGACAGUUACACUGCAUGUCUUGUCUGUCAGUAGCUUGCAGUGGUAUUCAAGCAAAAUGAUCACAAGAGGAUCUCAUCAUAUGUGAAGGUUACUUUUAGUGAAAACACAUAAAAGGAAUUUGCAUGACACCUAUCCUGACAUAGUUUUGUUUUUUAAUCUCCUUAAUAUCAAUUUUGGCACUCCCUCAAAUUAAUAGUGUGUUAAAGCAAUUCCUGUCAUGACUUGGCCAUGGCUGGAUGUGAUCGGGAAUAAAGAUUGGGUGUCAUCUUGGACAUGCCACAGAAUCAGAGGAAUGGAAUUUAGGCAUUCCACUGAACGUCACAUGCAUUGCGAGUUGUACAAAAAAUUUUUUCAGUGAUUUACAUCACCUUGUUCCUAAUUUACCAUGAGAACUGCUUGUAAGUUGAGCCACUGCACACUGCAGGCUUAAUUGAGUAUGAAUAUUCUCAAGAUGGUGGAUAUGCAUAUCACAGAAAGUGAUGUUUUGUACAUAAACAAAAAUAUUGUAGUAAACAAAACUGGGCCAGACAAAUUCUUCCUAGAUAUUUUUUUUAAGUCAAGCAUGUGGUUGGUAAACCAUUACCAGUCUUGUGUAACAAAGCUUUAACUGACAUAGUUCUGUUGGACUGGAAGUGUGCUGGUGUAACACCAAUUUUGAAAAUGGAAGACGUCCCAGAAACUUUGCAUGAAAGAUCAUGAUAUGGUCAUGCUGACUUGAGUCACUGUGCACUUUGUUUGCUUGCCACUUCCCACAACUGGCUGCUGGCUGUCGGUGAUCUGUUGAGACCUCCAGGUGACAAGGCUUCUUGAUAAUGUGUAGUGGUUUUUCAUCCAUUACAUGCAUUUUUUUUUCUCCCUUUACUGGAUUUCAAAAACUUUCCCAAAUAGAUUUAGUUUUCGUGUAAAAAGUGAAAAUUCAAUUUAAUCUUUUUUUGUGUAGGCAAUAGAGGAUCAUGUUGUACAUAUUCACACAUAUCUUGAAUCAUUAAAAGUUACUUCAGCUUACAUAAUGGAACUCAAUGGGAAGAUAGGCCUGAUUUUGAGUUUUUUAUAUCAUAUUUUAAGGAGUGAGACUUGUUAAAGUCAAGCCACUGAUAGGCGGAUAACUUAGUGUUCAUUGAAUGUUGAAUCAAGGUGCUCAGAUUUGCUUUUAUGCAAUGAUUUACUUAAUGACUGGUUAUUAAUCUUGUCAGCUUAACAAAGCACCUACAUACAGGGUGUAACAUGAGUUUCUAUGGAUAUUGCCAGAGGUGAAAGUACAGGUUAUUCUAAGUGGAAAAAUGUUCUAUGCACAUAUGCAUUUUGGGGCGUUGUUUAGGGGUGGCCUGGUGACGGGUACAACGGCCGGGCUAGGCAGGUAUCCAUGGCAUCCAUUUAGUUAUGAUUUAGUAUCCAUGGUAUCCAUUUAGUCAUGAUUUCUACAAGUUUUGGAGCUUUACAGUAUCCCAUGAGAAGAUGAGUGGCAACAAUGGACCAAUACUGAUUACUGAUAAACUUUACACAAUAAGUGUGGAUAUAAUAAAUUACAAAUAAAAUAAUAGGCUGCGUGGCACCAUGCACUGUCUGGGAAGGAAGUGUGAAGGAGUGAGGCUAGCAGCAGAUCAACUGACUUGGGUAACAGUUUCCCUCCGAGAGUGACGGUGAAUAUGCUCAGGUUGUAUUGGACAAUGUGAAGUGUGUGGAAAGGAUGUUUCUCCGCCAUGGUCACCUGCCUGGUCCAGCUAUCGUAUCUGUCGCCAGACCACACUUAAAUUUCACAUCACGGCUAAACAACGCCUCAAAAUGCACAUGUGCAUUGAACAUUUUCAACUUGGAAUAACCUGUACUUUCACCUCUGGCAAUAUCUGCAGAAGCAUGUGUUACAUCCUGUAUAUCAAAUGUCUUGAUUGCCAUAAUGACACCACUGAAAAAAAAUACAUAUUGACCUUUUUAAAUAAAAAAAAAGCAUCAUUUAUUUAUUUUCCUUUCUUUUUAUUUCAAAUGUUCUCUGCCCCUUCAUUCUAUUUUUUUUUUAAUUCAUUAAUUGUGAAUGAGACAAAAAGAAGAAAAUUAGAAUUAAGUAUUUGCCCCUGCAUAUGUAUUGAAAGAAAAAUUAUCCCAUUGAUUUAAA